GAAUGUUGCCUACGCCCAUGCGCCCAACUGUUUUUGUUUGGCGCUAAUGCAAAAUGCUGAUGCACUGCAAUCUAGUAAUCCCUUUUGAAAUUGCAGACUAAGCUAAUAUAAUGGAUUUCAAUCAGACUUUCGAGGACAUUGAAAGCCAGCUGGAUAACUUCGUGAUACGCAAGAAGCAUCAAAGUGAAAAGUCAGCGGGAAAGUGUGGUCCGGAGGUCCACGACAACGUGCCACUGACCAUAUCCCAGAUCCUGCGAGUAACUCAGGAUGCGGAUAGUGAAAAUGUAUUCAUAACAGACGAUGUGCAUCCGAUUCACUUUUACACCUGCAUCGUAUACGCCUUUGUGACUGGCAAUGGAACCCACAACGAGUCGUUCAUGAAGUACAUGAUAGACGAUGGCACCGGCUCCCUGGAGGCCAGCAUCAGCAAGAACCCAUAUAACGGACGAAUCAUCUCCAGCCUGUACAGUGAAGCCACCUCGCUGGCCUCCAGCGCCACCUACAAUAGCAUUGCCCUCAGCAUGAUGCGGCUGCUGCAGGCCUCCAUGGAGUACAUAGACCCAACGCGCAUUUCGAGGGGCCACAGUCUGUUCCUGCGCGGUCGUCCGAACAAGUACCGGGGUAAGAUCGGCCUGGACACCUUUUCGUUCUGCAUAGACAGCGGCAGAUCCCGGGAAAUGGAAAUUGGCUUCGUGGACUACUUAACCGACUGGCACCAAAGGUACAAAACGACACAGCGUACAACACAGAAAUAGUAUUGGGUUUUUUGUAUUGAAAUUUUACUGGUAAUAAAAGUUCAAAAAGUUUAAAUAAGGAGAAU